GCCGGAAAUAUGGAAAGUCCAAAUCGGGAACCCCAAUGAUCAGGAAAAUUGAGGAAUUUGGGUCCUCUAAAAUAUCUCCCAGUUCAAAAAUCUAUCCUGUACCGGGAAGCCAGCAAAACCCGCGAAAUAAAAGAAAAAAAGGGGAAAUAUCGGACAGAGCUUUCGUUCCCCAUCUUAGUUCGUUAGAAUAGCGAGAGUCGAGAUAAGCCUUUCAAGGGGAGUGAAGCUAAGAGAAAGGGCCGAUUCCAGAGAGAAGCUAGAGAGCAAGAGGGAGGGCCUAUGCCAUUGAGGAUGGCUCGUGUUGCUUCUCCAAGCUUCUCUGUCUACCCAACUCUGCCUACUGACUCCAAAGCAACACCCUCCCUCUCUCCUGUUACUUUCCUUCUUCCUCUCAGGUAUGGAAAGAAGAGAAACCAGUCUAGUCUUUUGAGGUGGCAAUUUAUACAGUGCAGGGUUGCUAAAGUUAAAGAUGACCCUUCUUCUUCUUCUCCCUCCUUGAUAAAAGAAGCUCACAAAUACUUUGACCAUGUCUUCAUUACUGUUCGUUCUGGAGAUGGAGGCCAUGGUGCAGUUCUUACCAUGCCCACGACCCAAAGAAACCCUACUAAAACUCUAAGUAGACAUGAAAAAGAAGCGAUGAAGAAGAAGAGAAGUCCUUCUUAUAAAAGAGAUUCGGAUGGUUCUCUCAUUUUACCAAUGGGUGGCCAUGGUGGAGAUGUGGCUAUCUAUGCAGAUGAAGGGAAAGAUUCAUUGCUUGAACUCCAUAAGAAGAAUCGAUACAGUGCAAAGAGGGGUGGGAAUGUGGAUGCCAUGGGUGUUUUGACAUCCAUGUUACAUGAUGGGAAUGCAGCUCCUGCAAUGCGUAUUCCAGUGCCCAUAGGUACUGUGGUGAGACGCAAGCAAGGUGGAAAGUUACUCGCUGACCUUGUGAAUCCAGGUGAUGAAGUUCUCGUUGCAAGGGGUGGGCAAGGCGGGGUGAAACUCCUUUUUCUUAUUCUUUGCUUGUUAGAGAUGCCUGAACAUAGAAGAAAAACGUUGAUGUCCCUGACCACUAACGUCAUGAGGGAUGAGAAUGACAAGGUUUUGGUUCUUGGUCAACCCGGACAGGAGGUUACCUUGGAGCUAAUAUUGAGGGUAGUAGCUGAUGUGGGUCUUGUGGGACUUCCAAAUGCAGGAAAAUCAACUCUAUUGGCUGCCAUCACAUUCGCAAAACCAGAUAUUGCUGAGUAUCCUUUCACUACAUUAAUGCCAAACCUUGGGCGCCUCGAUGGUGACCCCCGCUUGGGGGCGCUGAAAUACUCUUCUGCUGCAACGUUGGCAGACUUGCCUGGUCUAAUAGAAGGAGCUCAUCUGGGAAAGGGUCUUGGACGUAAUUUCCUUAGACAUCUUCGCAGAACUCGACUUUUGGUGCACGUAGUGGACGCAGCAGCAGAGAAUCCUGUGAAAGAUUAUAGAACAGUGAAAGAAGAAUUGCGGAUGUACAAUCCUGAAUACCUUGAACGGCCUCAUGUUGUGAUUUUAAAUAAAAUUGACCUUACAGAGGCAAGGGAUAGAUUGCCUUCCUUGAUUGAAGAGAUAGCUAACAUAGGUUGCAAUGAGAUGGCCCCCAAGUCAGUGGAGAGUCUUGAGGGAGCUCUAGAAACAUCGAAUGGACAUGAAAACCAGCCCUCUCCUCUUUCUACAAUCAAAAAGGAAAAAGAAAUUGGGGAAUACCCACGGCCCCUUGCCGUUGUUGGUGUUAGUUGCUUGAAACAUAUUGGAAUUAACCCAAUGUUGAAGGAGAUUAGGGCAGCUUUGAGGAAGUGUAAUGAUUAUUCUCCAAGUAUGGUGUAACUGGAACGAAUCAUUGUCACUUGAAUUUAUAUGUUAGAUAUGAAAGUGCAAGGUGUUAAAAAUGCUUUCACCCAAAUUACGUACAACUAACGGAGCGAAAUGAUGUGCAAAAACGAGCUGCUAAAGUACUGUGAUGAUUAGCUUUUCAUAUUUGCAAACAAUGUAGGAGCUUCUCAAGGAAAACAAAAAAUGGGUGGUUGUACAGAA